UAUUAAAAGGCAUUUUCUUUUAGAAAUAAAAAUGAAGUUGAACUCUAACAAAAAUGGGACGAUUCUUAAAAAGACUCCGGUUUGUGUUUUUUUAUUUUUAAGUUUUUCUUUAUUUAUUUAGAAGAGGGAGAUGAUUGAUAAACUAUACGUUUGUAAAAAAGAAUCAAGUGAAUUUUCGAGUGAAUUAGAGCUUGGAGUGCGAACUCGUUCAAUGGUUCGUGGUCAACAAAAGGACUCGAAACGAACAGAUAAUGCUAUCGAAAAACAUUCUAAGUCUAUCCAAAAUGUGACGGUUCUUCAAAAAACUCCGAAGAAUUUGGAGUACGUUAAAAACCCUUUACAAAGGAGGAAAUCGAAGUUAAAUGAUCGACUAUUUUAUUCAAAGGACCGUUAUAUAGAUGAUUUAGAGCCUUUUAGAAUCCAAACUCGUUCAAUGGCUCGUGGUCAACAGAAGAACAAGGAACGAACAAAUAAUGCUAUCGAAAAACAUUCGAACUCAAACCAAAAUGUGACAAUUCUUCAAAAAACUCCAAAGAAUUUGGAUUGCGCUAAAAAACCUUUACAAAGGAAGAAGUCGAAGUUAAUUGAUCCACAAUUUUAUCCAGAGGACGAUUAUUUAGAUGCUUUGGAGCCUUUUAAAAUGCAAACUCGUUCAAUGGCUCGUGGUCAGCAUAAGAACAAGGAACGAACAAAUAAUGCUGAAUCACAUCAUUUGGCGGCUACUGGUGAAAAUUUCGCUGAUAAUGAAUGGCAGCCUCCAUUGCCGACUAUCAAUUGUGAAAAUGUUAUGCUUCGUUCUCAAGUAUUGAGUCAAGUUUGCAAUGAAUUUGGAUUAAAAUGGCAUUCGUUAAUAGAUAAUUUGUGUUUCCUGGAAACUUAUUAUAUUUCUUCCAAAACAACAUCAACUAACAAUAAGCUUACAUUAAUUAUUGAUCAAACAUUUAAUGGAGAAAUUGUUAAAUUUCAAUAUUCUUGUAGCAAAAGUGGAAAUAUUUUGAACUUUCAUUGGCCAUUUUGCAAUUUAAGUUUUAUUUGGGCAUUUAGAGGAAUUUGUGUAGAAGCAUUUUUUCCAACAAUAAGAGAACAAUUUGGCUAUCCACAAAUUGAAGAACCAAAUGAUGAAGAAUUUGCUUGUCAAAGUGCUGAAAAGAACUUUUCAAUUUUUGAUGUUCACAAUGAAUUGAGAUUGGAUGAAUUAGCCAAUGAUUUGAUGCUUAUUUAUUUGCAAAAAUUUACACCAAGAAAAUACAGAAAUCAUUUAAUUUUCAAGGAGGAAAAUCCGAAGACUAAUUUCCAACUACAUUUUUCAGAAUCUGGAGAUUUUAUUUGUGUAACAACAAAAAUAUUGCGGGUAAAAAAUUUUAAGAAAGUCGAUGAAGAGAAAUGGCCAAAAUUUACGAGGGCCUAUUUUCGUUAUUCGGUCCUUGGAAAGGCAAUGAAGACAUUUUAUCAAAUGCCUAUUGACAAACAAAUCCAAAAUUUUCCUUUAGAAAUUUUUAUAUAA